AUAAAAUAUUAAUGGUAGAUAUAAGUAACCUUUUAACUACGAAAAUUCUAGCAUAAUAUAUUGAAAGCAUAUAUAUUUUUUAUUUAUGUAAAUAUUAUGUGAAAGUUUUAUUUUAUUAAAAUAUUGUAUAUCAAAUAUUUUAAUAAAAUAAAAUAAAGAGAUUGUUUAUUUAAAUGGCUAAUAAUUUAUAGGUAAACAAACGAACUAUUACAUGUUUAUCAGCAGCUAAAUGAUCAAACAAAUUUUCAGAUUUGAAAAAGAUAAAAUAUUUUGAAAUUUAUAGUUGAAUAUACACACUUUAUGUAUAUGUAGAUAGACAUAUAUCUGUGACUAUGAAAUUGUAAGAUUUUCAAAAUUUCUAUAUCAUUUGAUUGUUCAAUUCAACUUAAUUAUUUCAUUUCGAACUUUAUAAUUAAUAUCAUAUUGUAAAGAAUUAUACAAAGUAAUAAUAUAAUUAGCAUAGAAUAUUUCCCGUAAUAAAUCAACAUAAAUCAAAUGUACAUAGAUAUAAAGAUAAAUUUGUUCUUAACGAUUAUCUAAGUAAAUAAUAAUCAAUAUCUAAUAUGAGAAUGACGUAAAUAUAAAGCGCUGCGCGAUAGAAUUUAGUGAGUGUUGCAAUCAUAGAUUUAGUUCGUCAUCUAAAUAUUUUUUCUUUUAGUCUCUCUUCGGUUUAGUUUCCUUUCUGAACGCGUGCGUUUGGCUUACACAUUAUAUACACAUCUUCCAAGUGAACUUAACUUUUUAUUCUUCAACAUGGCUACCGCCGAAAACCUCACUGUACCAAGUAUUGAAACGGAGAAACCACUCGGAGCGGAAUUUGUAAUAGGAGCAAUUUCGGCUGCGGGCGCUGGAUUAUUUACUAAUCCAGCGGAUGUUAUUAAGAUACGAUUGCAGCUCCAAGGAGAACUCGAAGCGAGGGGAGCUUACAAAAAGAUAUAUAAAAAUACGUUUCAUGCUGCCUAUCUCAUAGCUAAACACGAAGGAAUUUUAGCUUUACAAUCUGGUAUUGCACCAGCGUUAUAUUUUCAGGUCGUUCUCAAUGGUAUACGAUUAGGUGUUUAUAACACCGCAACAAAGUAUGGUUUCAUACUGGAUAGUAAAGGAAAUACGGAUAUCCUGAAAACUGUGCUCAUCACAGGAUUGUCUGGUUGCUUAGGGGGCGUUCUCGGUAGCCCAUUUUACUUGGUCAAGACACAAAUUCAAGCUCAAUCCGCGCAAUCUAUUGCCGUUGGUUAUCAACACGGUCAUACAGGAACGUUGUCAGCAUUUAUAAAACUUUGGAAGCAAGGUGGCAUAACUGCGCUAUAUCGUGGCUGGUAUGCUAAUAUACCAAGAUUAUUUAUUGGAUCGUCUACGCAAUUAACUACGUUCAGUUUGGUCUCAGAUUUGUUACGUUCUUGGAAUGUAAGUGUAUUAGGUGGGCAAUCGUAUGACGAAGUCAUGUCAAUUACAAUAAUUUUUUUUUUGCGUUUUCAGAUACUUACAGAUUAUCCUAUAACUUUAACUUUCGUUUCUUCGUUAAUCGGUGGAUCAUGUGUGGCUGUCACUAUGCAACCUUUUGACGUAUUGGCAACAAGAUUGUACAAUCAAAGAGCAACAAAAAGUGGAAAAGGUGAGCUCUAUAAUGGGCUCUACGACGCUUUGGUUAAAAUAAUACGAACAGAAGGUUUAUAUGGCUUAUAUAAAGGAACUUUCCCAACGUGGAUGAGAAUAGCACCACACACAGUUUUAUGUUUAGUAUUCUAUAAGAAAUUAGAUCAAUUGUACGACGGUAUGAGAACGUAAAACGUAUUAAAUUUAUAUAAAUAAUCCAUUGUACUGGAUACAAUGGGAAUGUAGAUUGUGUACAUGUUCAUGUAAAUAUAUACAAUUAAAAUAA